GAGAGAGAGAGAGAGAGAGAGAGAGAGAGAGAGUGAAAAUGAACGGAAUAGUGUCAUGUUGACCAGUGACCAGCACGUUUACAGAACGUUUGGAUAUUUGGAGCGGUUUUAAAAUGGAUUAAUUGAUUCGGUUGUAGUAACUUUUUUACACCUGGAUUGAACUCUGUCGAUAACUUGGAUUAUGAGGAUAACUGGCGCCACAAUUUACCAUUGAGAAGCAGCAAUACUGCACUGGAGAAAGCAACAAGGUAGCAAACACAAACACAGUCAUCCAAGGUAGGAACAGACCAUUUACGUUUUAAGAAAGUGUAAUACUAUAGGCCUAAUAAUAAUCAUAAUAGCCUAAUCGUAAUCAUAUAAUACAUAAGGAAACAUUAUAAUGCAAUUGAUUAAAUUAUUUACAUUUUAGUAAUUUAUCCAUAAUUAUGCUUGUAGUGUUUUUGUUUGUCGACUCAUUUCUUUCAAAGAAAAUUCAAAUGGUAGCCUACAUGCUAUGUUUCUAUUAAAUCGCUUAGGAUUUCAGAUUUUGAAAGUGUAAUUUAAUGACUCGCUUCUGCGCGCUCACACUUGAAAUCAAAACCCCUCAGCCUGGACGAGAGCCUCCUGUCCCGUCCCUGUCGGGUUUGACAGAAUGUCGAUCUUUUUGCGCAGGGUGCAGCCAGCUUUCUAUUUGUUGAUAACACAGAUAUAUACAUGCCUGCAAUUGUGAUGGUGUUUACCACAACUAAAUCAUAUUUGUAAUAGCCCAGCCUCAUAAUACGUUUUAAAGACGUUUUAAGUAAUAGGCAUAGCCUACAUGUUUUUGGAUAAAUUAAAUUUGAGGCUUUUGUGAAAAUAAAGUAAAUAGAUAUUGUGAAUAUUAUUUAUUUAAUGACAAUGGAACUUUCCAAACCUCACAUGGAGUGGAAUUGCCCCAGUGUGAGACAAACAAAACAGAUAGGUCUAUGUUUAAGUUGGGAUCUUUAAACCCUCACAUUCAUCAUACCAAGUGUGGUUUAUUUUGAGAGAUACAUCACAGAUGAGUUUUUACUACAAGCACAGUGAUAAAAGUGUCACUGCAGUCCAGCCAUCUGAAAAUGGAGUCCUGUUUCAGUGGGUGGCCACUCAUUAGGACCAGGGUAAGGGUCAAGGGUCAACACACAUGGUAAAGUGGGCAGAAGCCAUGUUCCCCUGAGUCUAUGAUCAGGACCUUCAAACAAACUGAGACACUAAAGAGCAGACCAGACACUGCAUGUGGUCUUGAGGAGAAAGUGUUGUAUUAAAUAUGAUAUUACUGCUUUAUUGCUGUGUUAUUAAUGUCAUUAUGUCUGCAAAUACAACAUAUCAAUUUUUUAGGUACUGUAGCCCUCAAAAUCUAGGAGAUAUGAGGGAACUUUGUAUCUGGAUUCUGAGGUGAGAUAUCACUUGUCACUUACAAUCACUUUGGUGUACACUGAACAGACUCAUCAUAAACAUGUUGUAUCACACUGCAGCUGCUGAUCACGCACUAUGCAUGACUCAAUUUAAUCGUUUUGUUUUAAUUGUCUCCAUUUUAGAUUAUAAUACCUUUUCUCUGUAAAAAAGCUGUUAAAUGUAUUAUAGCUCAGUAUGCUAUCUGUCACACACAGAGUUUCCAUGCUUCUGCUGCUGCUCAGGCCAUAUCCCCUGGAUUGCCAACUCACUAUAGACCACAGGAAGGUUCCUCAAAGGGCAGAGCAGCAGGAGGCUGGAGGAGUGCAGGGUGGGGCCCCAGGCUCCUGGGGCUCCUGGGGGCCUUGGUCCUCCUGCUCCCGCUCCUGUGGGGGAGGGGUUCAGGAACAGAACCGACCCUGCCUACCCUCCCACACCCCCUCCAUGGGUGCUGUUGCUUACCCCUCCAGGCCGGAUGGCCACCACCCCAACCAGAACCCACGCCAUGUAGUGUCUGCCCUAAGACCCACUGUCCCACUGCACCGCACCAACCCUGGGAGACCCCCACCGUCCAACAGCAACACCAGCUUGGCCAGCCGAGGAGAGCUGAGGGACCAGCAGAGAGACAGAGAGGCCAAUGCUGGACGCAGGAGGGGCAGUGACAGUCCCAUCAUUCCAGGGAAGUAUGGCUAUGGGAGGAUGCCUUACGUUGUGUCUCUCCAGACAGACACAGGCCAGAGGUCUGGGAUAGAGACAGGGACUGGUCUCUCCCACAGACAGAGACGCUCCCCACUCUCUGACCCCAGCCCGUCAGCCACCAGGCACGGAGGCCACAGGCCUAACCCCUACCGUCCGCUCUACAACAACCCCCAUCUCCACAGCUACAGCCCAGUCCAUCACCAGCCCCCAGCCCCCCUUCCCAGGUCUAACCCUAACCCAGCCCCCCUUCCCAGGUCUAACCCUAACCCAGCCUCCCUUCCCAGGUCUAACCCUAACCCAGCCUCCCUUCCCAAGUCUAACCCUAACCCAGCCUCCCCUUCCAGGGCUAACCUUAAUCCAGCCUCCCAGCCCAGGGCUAACCCUAACCCUAACCCAGCCCCCCAGCAUAGGUCUAACCCUAAUCCAGCCUCCCAGCCCAGGGCUAACCCUAACCCUAACCCUAACCCUAUCCCAGCCCCCCAGCAUAGGUCUAACCCUAAUCCAGCCUCCCAGCCCAGGGCUAACCCUAACCCUAACCCAGCCCCCCAGCAUAGGUCUAACCUUAAUCCAGCCUCCCAGCCCAGGGCUAACCCUAACCCUAACCCAGCCCCCCAGCAUAGGUCUAACCCUAAUCCAGCCUCCCAGCCCAGGGCUAACCCUAACUCUAACCCCAACCCAGCCCCCCAGCCCAAUUCUAACCCACCCUGGUCCUCCUCACUCUACCAGCCCAGCCAGAGGCACCAACCUAGGCAGGAGCAGCAGCACUCAUCCAGACAGGCCUCAGCAGCUCAGCAACCCUUUGGACGGCCCUACAACCCACUGCCCACCUCCUCCUGUGUGGGAGAGCACAACCAGUACAAGAUUUGCAAGAACAAUGCCUGUCCUCCAGCCAGCAGACACAUCAGAGCGGUGCAGUGUUCUUCCUACAACAGCUAUCCCUUCAUGGGUCGACUGUACGAGUGGGAGCCUUUCAAUGAAGUUUCAGGGGACCAGCGUUGUGAGCUCAACUGUCGUGCGAUCGGUUUCCGCUUCUACGUGCGUCAGUCGGAUAGGGUCAUCGAUGGGACGCCGUGCGGCCAGAACGAGACUUCCAUCUGUGUGGCGGGGAGGUGUCAGAGUCUGGGCUGCGAUGAGUACCUGGGCUCAGGCAAGGUGAUGGACAAGUGUGGGGUGUGUGGCGGGGACAACAUGGCCUGUAAGCUGGUGUCAGGGCUCUUCCAGCAGCACAGCCUGAACAAGGUGGGCUACCACAAGAUAGUGGAGAUCCCAGAGGGAGCCACCAAGAUCAACGUCACCGAGACGGUGAAGAGCAGGAAUUACCUGGCUCUGAAAAGUCGCUCAGGUCGCUCCAUCAUCAAUGGGAACUGGGCCAUUGACCGGCCAGGGGAGUAUGAAGGGGUGGGCACCAUGUUCACCUACCGACGACCCAAUGAGGUCACCAGCACCGCCGGGGAGUCCUUCCUGGCUGAGGGGCCAACCAAUGAGAUCCUGGAUGUUUAUGUGAUCUACCAGCAGCCCAACCCAGGAGUGAGCUAUGAAUUCAUCCUUCCCUCUGACAACCCUCCACAGCACCCCAACCACAGACCUGGAGGGAACACUCUGUAUGGGCAAAGUGGGAAUGAUCACCGGGGCAACCCCAACCAGGAUGGGUACGAUCCAGCAGGAGGGGGAAAGUACACUCCCCAGGUACCCAACAACCAGGUGCCAGCAGUCCUGCCACCCAGACGUCAGAGAGAAUACAACUGGAAACUGUCUGGGGCAACAGAAUGUAGCGCCUCCUGUGGCAGAGGUAGCAGGUACACCAUCUUCCGCUGUGUCCACAGACUGAGCCAUGAGCAGGUACCAGAGAACCAGUGUGACAGCAGCACCAGGCCCAGUUCACAGGAGGAGCCCUGCAACCUUCAGUCCUGCCCUGCCUUCUGGGACAUUGGUGAGUGGUCGGAGUGCAGUAAGACAUGUGGCCUGGGUAUGCAGCACCGCCAGGUCUUGUGCAGGCAGGUGUAUGCCAACCGGACCCUCAACGUCCACACCAGCCGCUGCCGCCACCUGGAGCAGCCCGAGACCACCAGCACCUGCCAGCUGAAAAUCUGCAGCGAGUGGCAGAUACAAACCGAGUGGAGCGCAUGCUCUGUUCCCUGUGGCGUGGGCCAGAGGACCAGGGAGGUGCACUGUGUCAGCAACGUGGGAGACUUUGUGUCGGACGAGGAGUGCAACAUGAAGCUGCGACCCAGUGACAAUGAGAACUGUGACAUGGGGCCCUGUGCUAAAAGUUGGUUCUUCACUGAUUGGGGGAAUAAGUGUUCUGCUGAGUGUGGGAUGGGUGUGCGGACCCGAGGCGUACUGUGCCUGACCAAUCACAUCAGCAGCUUGCCUCUGGAGGGGUGUGGCCAUGAGCGUCCCACUGACUCUCAGGUCUGUAAUCACGGCCCCUGUGAGAGUCGCAUCGAGUGGUUUACAGCCCCCUGGAGUCAGUGCUCAACGGAGUGUGGCUCGGGCAGCCAGCAGAGGGCAGUGGUGUGUCUGAUGAAGUCAGACGAGGGGUUCAAUGUAAUGCCGCCCUACGAAUGUUCUUCUCUAGACAAGCCUCUUAAUCAGCAGAGCUGCCACCUAAAGUCCUGCGGGGCCAAGUGGUACCACACAGACUGGAGCGCUUGUUCUAAGACGUGUGAGGGGGGCUUCCGUGUGAGGGAGGUGCGCUGUCUGUCUGAUGACAUGCUUUCCAGUGAGGGCUGUGAGGAGGAGCUGAAACCAGUGGAGAGAGAGGAGUGCAACCCAGAGCCCUGCGUCCCACACAUAGACGAGAACUGUCGAGACAAGUAUUUCAACUGCAAUGUGGUGGUCCAGGCACGUCUCUGUGUGUACGACUACUACAAGACAACCUGCUGUGCCUCCUGCACACGAGUGGCCCACAGACAGUCACAACACAGGGCACUCAGCUAGCCCCAUCUCCCCAGGCCUCAGACCUCUAGGGGGCCUGACACAGCGCCCAGAGCAGGCCCUCAGUCCCUGGGCCAAACACACUGACCCACAGUGGAGAGGACAGCCUAGAACCUGUGGGUGGACACUGACUGGACACUAUAAUAUGAGUGCUGAAAAUACAGACUGAAAAACUGAAAGACUGCAAAGAAAGGAAGUGAAAGCCCAACUUGUUUUUGGCAUGUGAGGAGAUUGCCAAUGGGCAAUACGUGAAACUGAAUGGUUCGUGGAGGAUGGUUUUGAAGGACACGUUUAACAGGGCUAUGAGUGGAGGAGCUCUGGUGAGGCGAGAUGAUAGACAGGACACCAAACCGAAGAAUCUGGAACCACUUUAUGGACUGUAACCAGAAUCCCCUCCAAUAAAAGUUCCCGUCUGGGUUUAUAUUGUGUUUCAUGGGAAGCAGUUUGCCGCUGCCAUUCACCUGAAUGGGUUAAGGUCUUGAAAAAGGUCUUUGGCCGAAACGUUGACAGAAUAAACUGCUACCGCAUCUGUGAUGAGACUCGACUACCAUGGCUCUCUUGGAUUACAUUAAAAGAGAGGAAGCUACAGUAUGAAAGGAAAGCAAAAUUGUUUGUUUUGCAUAAUGUAUAGACUGUACACAUUUUAAUAAGCUUCUUUACGCUCUAAAAUCCACAAUAUUUAUGAUCUAAUUAACUACAUGUAGUAUUAAGUUGCCCAAGCUUGUGCUUAAAUCAUCCCCAAUUACGUAUCAUGAGGGCUCUAUUCAAUACUCUCCUACACAGUAGUUUAGUUGACCAAAGAUUUCACAGGAGGACGUGUCAAACAGUAAUUGCUCAGUCCAGAUCUAUGGCUCUAUUUAAUCUGUACCGGUGAAGUGUUACAGAUGGUGCAAUAUAAAUGUUAAGGUCCUUUCUGAUUGAGUCAACAUAUGCAGUGUUUACUGUUAUACAGUCUCCGCUAAUAUGGAACAUUGCCUUUAAAUUUCAAACACGCUGUAACGCUUAACUUCUGCGAUACGGAUUGAAUAAAGCCCCAAGUUAUGGUGCUAAGACAACUUAAGUUGUAAAGUGUUUAAGUGACAGCUCACCAGUUUUACACAGCAACCCUCUUAACAAAUUAAGCUCUAAAAUGUUCAUGUGUUGUUGUAGUGUUUCAUAUAUUUUGCAUCACUGCUGCGUGUAUGUACUGUGUAUAUACAGAACCAGUCAAAAGUUGACACACUCAUUCAAGGGUUUUUUAUUUUUACUAUUUUCGACACUGUAGAAUAAUAGGGA